AUGCCUCCCAAGCGGUCAGUGAGUUCCAGUCUUAGCAGUAAGGUCAAACAAUCUAGAGUGCCAAUAACACUCGCAAAGAAGGUGGAAAUUGUUAAGAAGCACAGGAGUGGAGAGAAGCGUGCGAACCUCUUGAACAUUAGAAUUCAAAAUGAAGAUGCUAGCGCUGACACAGAGGCUGCCAAGAAAUGUCCAGAGGAGAUAACUAGGAUUAUUGAGGAGGGAGGCUACUCUCCCAAGCAAGUUUUUAACCUUGACGAAACUGCCCUCCUCUGGAAGAAGAUGCCAUCCCAAACUUACAUCUCAAGGGAAGAAAACAGCACCAGGACACAAAGUAAGCAAGGACUGCCUGACAUUCCUUUUUGGACUACAUCACAGACUGUUUUACCUUUCAUGAAGAGAUACACAAAGGCAAAUAACCUUGACAACAAAUAUCUGCUGAUCCUUGACAAUGCUCAGUCAUCCAAAAACAUUGGAAGACUCAUGCUCUUAUAUCAAGUUUGUUUUUCUUCCUCUAAAUACUACUGCUAUCCUGCAACCUAUGGCUCAGGGUGUAAUAGCCACUUUCAAGGCACAUCACACCUGACAGUGUAUGAGGCAGCUUGUGAUGGCAAAAUGACAGUGAAGGAAUUCUGGAAGAAUUUUAACAUUAAACAUGCUCUUGAGAUAAUCAAAUUUUCAUGGGAUGAAAUAACACCCUCUAAUAUGAAUGGAGUGUGGAAGAAUCUGUGUCCUGCAUGUGUACAUAGCCUUAAGGGAUUUACAAAGAAAGAGCUACCAGCUGUGCACAAACAGAUUGCAUCCCUUGCAAAAGAUGUUGGCUUUGAGAAGGUUGAUGAUAUGGCAGACCUUUUCACCUCCCACACUCAAGAGCUGACUGGUGAGGAGCUCUUUCACCUGGAAAAGCACUGUGAAAGUGAUAGUGAAGGUGCCCCAGUUGCCAAGGAGUUCACCAUCAAACAACUGAGAGAAAUAAUUGAUGAUGGUAGAUGCCUUGCAGAAAAAGCCAUUGAGUUUGACCCUCAGUUUGACAGGGCUUUGGACUUCAAGAGUAUCAUUAUGGAUGGGCUGAGGAGAUAUGAAAAACUUCAACAAAAGAAAGCCAGUGCUGUUCAAAAGAUCAGGGAUUUCUUCAAGCCUAAAUCCUCACCUUCACCAUCAACAUCUUCCUCCACCAAUGGCCUGCCCUCCUACUUCAAGAUCAUCAAGAAGGAUGUAGAUGAUCCUGCCCCAAUAUCUAGCACUAAGGAGCUUCCCUCUUCCCUGAGUGAUCAAGGAGAAGCAGGAAGAUUCUAA